UUUGAGAAGAACUGUGUUGCUGAUGGUUUUUAACCCUACUAUCCUUUGGAAGAAAGCUGGAUUCUGAACUUGGGUGUGUGUGUGGGAAAGUGACAGUAACAUAAAGUAACCAGUAAGAUGCAGAUUGGCUAAAAAAUCGUCCUGUUGCCGAGGGCUCCAAUGAGUGGCACACAGUCCGCAAUCACGGACAGGUUUCCCCUCAAAAAACCUACAAGGCAUGGCAGCAUUCUGAGCAGAGAGUCUCCAGCAGACAAGAAGCAGAAGGUUGAGCGCUGCAUUAGCGCCCACGAUUUUGACCCAACAGAUAGCUCCUCCAGGAAGACAAAGUAUAGCUCAGAGGAGAGUAGAUCCGAGACAUAUGGUCUAGUUCAACGGUGUGUUAUUAUUCAGCGGGAUGAAAAUGGAUUUGGGUUAACAGUCAGUGGCGACAACCCAGUCUUUGUACAGUCUGUCAAAGAAGAUGGAGCAGCCAUGCGGGCUGGGGUUCAAACUGGUGACCGAAUCAUUAAGGUGAAUGGGACUCUGGUAACACAUUCAAACCAUUUAGAGGUGGUCAAGCUGAUAAAGUCGGGUUCCUAUGUAGCGCUCACUGUGCAAGGGCGCCCACCUGGGUCGCCCCAGAUUCCACUGGCUGACUCUGAGGUGGAUCCACCUGCAUUUGGGCAUAUGUCUCCCAUCAUGACAUCACCUCACUCUCCUGGAUCAUAUGGAAACACGGAGAGAAUUACCAGUCCAGUGCUGAUGGGGGAAGAAAAUAACAUAGUUCACAGCCAGAAAGUAGAGAUUUUGAGGAAGAUGCUGCAGAAAGAACAGGAACGACUGCAGUCCCUGCAGGAAGAUUAUAGCCGUGCUCCUGCUCCCCGACUGCUCAGAGAGAUCCAGGAGGCCAAGAAGCACAUCCCUCAGCUGCAAGAGCAGUUGUCCAAAGCAACAGGCUCUGCUCAGGAUGUCGUUUUGUCUUCCAAAUCUGUGUCCGAGUCUUUGCAGAUCACUGAGGCGGAAGCUGAGAGGGGGGAUGGACAGAACAAAGGGGACUGUCAUUUUGGUGAUGGCCCCCAGAUGAAUGACACAGCAGAGAGUCCUCGGAGUGGCCUGAAAGAGCAGAGCUCUCUGGAUGACAGCCCAGAGAAGAACGAGACUCAUGAAACUGAUUCUCCAUCCAGCCUCGGAAGCCCUUCCUCUCGUUUGGCACCUCCAAUCAUAGGAGCAGAAGAUGAUGACUUUGAUGGUGAACAAGAACAGAUCAAUGGGCAAUGUAGCUGUUUCCAGAACAUAGAGCUGCUGAAAUCACGCCCCGCUCACCUGGCUGUCUUUUUGCAUCAUGUUAUCUCCCAGUUUGACCCAGCUUCGUUGCUUUGUUAUCUUUUUGCGGAUCUGUACAAACAAACAAAUUCCAAAGAGACUCGCCGAGUGUUCGCUGAAUUUAAUCAAUUUUUUCUGGAUCGAGCUGCAAAUCUGAAAGUCCCAGUUCCAGAUGAAAUUGUAAUUGAUUUAGAAAAGAGAAGGCUGGAAUUAAUUCCUGAAGAAUUGCACCGCCAUUAUAUUCAAGCUAUGCAAGAGAAAGUAUUUUUUGAAGUACACAAGCACCUUGAAGAUUUUAGACAGAAACGUAGCAUGGGUCUCACUCUGGCAGAAGGAGAGUUGACCAGGCUGGACGCAGAACGUGUUCGGGACCGGAUGACACUAGAGAAGGAGAGAGCAUGCGCAGAGCAAAUCCUUACCAAAAUCGAAGAAGUGCUGAUGUCAUCUCAGCCUCUAGAAGAGGAUAAGAGUUCAGCUAUACAGUAUGUUGUUCUCACCUACAUGAAACACCUUGGGGUGAGAGUCAAAGAGCCCCGGAGUCUAGACCAAAAAAGGGGACGGAUUGGAUUCCUGCCAAAAAUAAAGCAAAGUAUAAAGAAAGAUAAGGAAGGGGAUGAAAAGAAGAGGAGAGUCUUCUCAAAUAUCCUGGGACCUCCAAGGAGGCCGAGCCGCCAUGACAGCUAUGCAAUAGGCAGAGCCAUGGAAAUACAAAAACCACGUCAUCCAAAGCACUUAUCCUCAUCAUCUUCUGUCAGCCCGGAACCACCAGAUUUGGUCAAGAUGCGCCAAAGUGGGUUCAGUGAUGGCAUGGAUACGACCUACCAGCCUGCCAACUUUGUGUCUCCAGCAGCUGCUGGAACUUUUCCAUCUCAGGAAGGGAGCAAAGACAGCGAAACAGGGCCAAAACAAGUUGGAGAAACAAUUACUUUUGGUGACUCUGUGGAUGGUACACCUUGUACACCUAACAUCAUAUUUGAUUUUCCAUCUCCUCCCCUGGACCAGUUGCAAGAAGAAGAAGGAGAACUUGAUAGGUUAGGAGAAUCAGGGACUCCUAAAUCUUUCCGCAAGGUGGACAGUGUGAGUGCUGGGGAUGUCCAGAGUGAAGAUGAGCUCUUUGAUUUCGACAUGGAGACAGACCAGCCCAACUGGCAGCAGCUGGUGAGCCGUGAGGUGUUGCUUGGCUUGAAACCAUCCGAAAUUAAACGCCAGGAAGUGAUUAAUGAAUUAUUCUAUACUGAACGUGCUCAUGUCCGCACGCUGAAGGUCCUGGAUCAGUUGUUCUAUCAGCGUGUGUCCCGCGAAGGGAUUCUACCACCUAUUGACCUGCGGAAUAUAUUUUCGAACCUGGAGGAUAUCCUCCAGCUUCACACUGGAUUGAAUGAGCAGAUGAAAGCAGUGAGGAAAAGAAACGAGACAUCUGUAAUUGAUCAAAUUGGAGAAGAUUUGUUAACUUGGUUCAGUGGAGCCGGCGAAGAGAAAUUGAAGCAAGCCACUGCCACUUUCUGUAGCAACCAGCCCUUUGCUCUGGAGGUGGUAAAGUCACGGCAGAAGAAGGACUCCCGCUUCCAGACUUUCGUCCAGGAUGCUGAGAGCAAUCCACUCUGUCGCCGAUUGCAGCUAAAAGAUAUCAUUCCCACUGAGAUGCAAAGGCUAACCAAGUAUCCCCUCCUUCUGGAUAACAUUGCAAAGUACUCAGAGCAACCUUUAGAGAAAGAAAAAGUGAAGAAAGCAGCAGAUCAUUGUCGGCAGAUUCUCAAUUUUGUGAACCAAGCUGUCAAAGAAGCAGAGAACAAGCAGCAUUUGGAGGACUAUCAGCGGCGGCUUGAUUUGUCCUACUUGAAGCAGGUGGAGGGCCCUUUGCUGGAUGAAUUCAGGAAUUUAGAUUUAACCAAGAAGAAAAUGAUUCAUGAAGGGCCUCUGACCUGGAAGGUGAAUCGUGACAAAACUAUUGACCUCUAUACAUUGCUCUUGGAAGACAUUCUGGUAUUGCUGCAGAAGCAGGAUGACAGACUGGUGCUGAGAUGUCACAGCAAGAUCCUGGCUAACACUGCAGAUAGCAAGCACACAUUUAGCCCUGUCAUUAAAUUGAACACCGUGUUGGUUCGCCAAGUGGCUACAGAUAAUAAAGCAUUCUUUGUCAUUUCCAUGUCGGAAAAUGGAGCACAGAUCUACGAACUGGUGGCACAGACAGUUUCUGAAAAGACGGUAUGGCAGGACCUCAUAGUACGGAUGGCAGGAACAGUCAAAGUUGGAAGAGGCAGAAAUGUAAUUCCAUUGCCGCAAUCAGGACCCUGCGAGGAAGAUCAUGAGGAAGAAGAUGACCAGCAUAAAUUGAAGGAAGAACAAACUACCCCAGAUAGCAGCAAGCAAAGUCCAGAUAAAGAUCUGGGACUGGAAUCACCCCUGGGGCUGAAGACUCAGUCUCCUUCAGUAGCCAUGUCUGAGAAGUCAGAAGAGGAAGAACUCCUGGACGCCAACAAGCAGUUUGGAGAAAAACUGUCAGCAGACCUGCUGAUCAAAGGAUCACCUGAACACUACAGCCAAAUAAGCCCAGAGCUCUCAUUCCAAGCUUCAGAAAAUCGAUGGGCAUCGGAUGCACUAAGAAACUUGGGCUUAUUGAAGAAAUUACUGAUGCAGCAGCUUGGUAUGUCUGAACAAGAGUCCCUUGAAGACUGGCAGCAUUUUUCUGACCAUAGGAGAGCUCUGCCAGGGGCCCCUGAGGAGAACAUUGUCCAGAGAGGACUUCAGUACUCAGAUAAUGAUGACAGUGCCCUGUCUGGGCUUAGGAGGACACCCACUGGCCCGAAAAGAAAUGAUUUUGAACUUAGUUGUGGUAAAUGGUCUUCAAGUGAAUUGGUAUCACCAGGGGACCCUGUGUUGAAUAGCAGUCAGUUGAUGGACCCCUUGAGCACAAACCCAGAGCCCCCAACCAAGGAACUGGAAGGAGGAACAAGUGCUGCUGAUGAUGGUGGGGAGCACUAUUUUGAUGCCCAGGAAGCCCACAGUGAUGAGAACCAAUCAGAAGGUGAAGUGGUAGAUGGAAAGGAGGUAGAAGAUGUGCAGCUGCGGAUCUCAGGAAAUUAUUUGAUCCUUGAUGGAUAUGGCACAGUACAGGAGAGCUCCACCGACGAGGAGGUGACUUCGCUAGUUCUACAGUGCACUGCGAACAAAAGCACAAUGGACUCUGCCCACCAACAGCCCACGUCUCGGGAUGCCCAGCCAGUUACAGCAAGCUCGCCAUUUGCAGUGGAAUUGCUGGCCUCCCACUGGGAAGCUGCAAAGGAACCCUGCUCAGAUGCACUAAGGGCUUCCUUCUCGGUCGAGUCACGUGCCCUGAUGAUGCGUUACAUCCAGAACAUAGAGGCCAGCCUUCAGCAUCUGAAGGAAGUGGAGGAAAACUACACCGCUCUUCUUCAGCAAAGGCUGGCUGGCUCCAUCACCACAGAUGAGCAUUUGGAUAAAAGUUAAUCACGCUUCUUGCAAAUGGCUGGAGAUUGGAUGGAACCUUCUGCCUUGAGUCAGCCACAGCCGGCCUCUGCCUGGACUCUCUUGGCCCCGGGCCUCUUUCUAUGGACCCUUCCGGUGUGAGGGGGCUCCACGUAGUGGAGAAGUGGGCAGUUUCCUUUGAGGUGUCUGCACUAGCCUUUCAGGGAGAGGGGGUGAUUUUGUUCCCCUCCUCUUGCUACCAGAAAUUCUUUUUGAUUCCAGACAGAGGAAAAAGAGGAACAGAAAGAAGAAACCAAAUGUAUAAAGUUCUGGGUGUAGGAUAUAAAAAUGUAUCUAGACAUUAAAAAAAGAAUCAAUGUAUUUAUUUGACUUCAUUCCGUGUACUGAAAGCACACUUUAAUUUGUAUUUUAUUUUGCUUUAAAAAAAAUAAUAGUGCCAGUUUGCUAGGCCCCCAGCAUCUUUCUUCUCCUGGACCCUUAUUCUGAACUGAGUUGCGUGCGUGUCUUGAUUUUCCCCUGGAUUCUGCCAACAACCAGUCUGUUCCUCAGAGAAGUUAUUUGUGGAACAAAAUCCAGCAGCAUGCAGAUGGGCUUUCUUCUCCUGCAGUUCUGUGUGCACUGUGUAGCCAGGGAAGGAUUUGAAGCUGGCAACCAAGUUUCUCCUUGGGAAUGCCUUUACUUCUCCUGUACUGAGCAAAAAGAGGAAAGGAUUGGAAUUUAGGAAAUACGUCCCCUGCCCGGAUACUGAUUUGAUUGUGACUUCCCUUUGAAAGCAACAGCUUGACAUUUGUAGCUUGGGGGAGGGGGAAUUUUUUCCAGUUAAGGACAAGCAAUGCAUUUGUGAGAAAUUCCUGAGGUCACCAUGUUUCUAAUGAGCUGUGGGUAGUAACUGCUGCAGAAGUUAGCUGCUGCUGUUUGAAGGUAGGGGCCAGCAGCGUUCAUUACCCAGAAGUGUGCCUUACUGACUGGUGUGGGGUAGACCAAGACUUAGCGUGGAAUAGUGCUGCUUUGCCCUUUUUUAUGCGAAGGUGCUCUGAAAUCUCCCUGGUAACUUAGAAACAUCUGCAAUAGAAGAAUCAGAGUAACAGACACCAACUCUGGUAUAAUCUCAGCGGAAUGCCGAUAUCCUGGCGUUUUGGAGCUGGACCUUAUCAAAGCUUCCCAGCACUGAUGUGGAAUGUUAGACACUGGGCGGGUUUUUCCACCAGGACAGACAAUUCAGCGUAUGUCUGCACCAGCUAUCCAGUUCUUGGGCCCUUUCUUUUUCCUGGCAAGCCAGAUCUAAAUGUGCCAAAUUCUAGAAAUCCCUUUGAUUUUUUUUUUUUUUUUAAUCCUGCUGAAUACACUGGGAAGUGUUGAGAAUCUUCUUCUUUUUUCUCUUAUUUUCAGCAUGAAUGUCAUGCCGUGCUCCAUUAAUGCAGAGAAACAUUUUUUUCCUGUAGCCAGGAAUCCAUAUCUGUUUCCACUUGCAGGAAAGAGUCAGGCUGAGCUGGAACUUUUUUUUUUUUUUUUUAAUUUUUCCCCUUCCCCAAUAUUUCCAAUCAAUGUACUGGUGCUUAUUUAAGAGAGGAAACUUUCCAGUUGUCUGGGUCACCAACCUCCUUCAGAGGCUGGAAGCCACCAAAACCUGAAAGGAAUUCCUUUCCGCUUCUCAUUUUCGGGGCCAGUCUGUCGGUUCUAAUUUCUAAAUUUCUCCACCCUAAAAGUCCAAGCAGUUUCCCAAAUGGAAAUUUAUCUUUAGAAGACCAGACCCCUUUCACAGAUGGCUGUGGUUUUAAAAGUAUUUUUCCUGUUUUCAAAGAACUCUUUUCCUUGGUCUCCGAACUGGGUUUUGUUUUCACUUCCCCUGUCGCAGUUCCACAUCUGUGGAGCCACAGGAAGUCAGGCUCACGUGCAGACCUCUCCCUAGCACAGAUAGAUUUGAAGGAGCCAGAAAUCAGUAAAUUUUGGGUGACGCUUGGAUGCCAGUCUCUUUAGAGAGACUGUGGCAAGACCUGUGUCUGCUCUUGUACUUCUGCCAUAUGUUGCUUCAGCAUCCGCAAAAGAGGUUUCGGGCCAGGGUGCCCGAAAGCCAUGCAGAGCAGCAGAAUGCAGAAGGACCAUCAGAAGGCUUGACUGACCUCCAUAGAGGGUGUAACUGCCUUUUUUCCCCCUUACUGGAGAGCAAAGCCGAGUGCUGUGUUCUCUUCCUCCUGGUGGUUUCUUCGUAUCGUGUUUUUUUCAGGCUUGUCUAGGCCAUCUAUUACGCAGUCUCCUGUUAAGGGCAUUAUUUUGCGAUAAGAAAGAGAAGGUAGUGAGAAACGGGGAUCACCGAUUGCUUCUAGCACCAUAAUUGAAUAUCACAGGAGAUGUCUCAGCUCCCUAGCACGUCUACUGUACAACAGGCCCCAGGCACAGAUCCAAUUUUGUGAAAGGGUCAACACUAAAAUGCACUUUGUGGGAUUCCCAUUGGUCUUGGUCUUUAUCCUUCGUGCUCUAGAAAAGCCAUGAGGAAUUCCGGCCAAAGACACCUUCCCUGUCCUUCCCCACCGGCUGUGAUCAUUCCCUCCUCGGGACUGGAGAGUAGGAUGGAGCAGUCUUGUUCUCCCUCGUCUUCCUCCCUCCCGCCCUUUGCUAGCUGAAAAUAAUAUAAGUAAUGAAAGACUUUUUUUUUAACCAGAGAAUAUUAUGUUGUCUGUGCUACAGUCAUACCUAGAAUGUCUUUGUUUUUAAUCUGGAUUUAUUGGACCAGUGUAUUGGAAUUUGGGCUCAAAAGGCAAAUUCUGGGUCUAGAGGCAGCUUCCUGCCCUGCUGGUUUGUGGGUCCUUUGACUUUACCCCCAAGACAAAGUGAGUUGGUAGAAUACUGAUGGGAGAGUGGAUUGUUUUGCUUUGCUCAGGGUUGUCCAGGGCCAUAAGAAGCUACGGAUGAUGUUUGUAAAAGGGACUCUGCUUUCCAACAGCAACGUGCAGGCUGGCGCAACCUCCUGUAUUUUGCAGAGAUGGUGCUUUAGCCUGCUGGACGCCGCUUGUUAGCUCUGAGUUCUACUAGUGCUACCUCCCCACAGACUGAAUCGGCGCUGAACAGCCACAUCUCAAGGUCUGGCAGACUGCAAAGCAUGUGUAUUUGAUUUUUAACUCUAAUCCCGUGGCUCUACCUAUUGUUGAACUACGUUACCCUUGUGUUUUACACAAGGGCGUUAAAAAUAAUGAUGCCGUGUCUUGCAGUCUACUUGCAAGAAUCCAGGUCAUUCUGACCCCUCAGAGCUCUACCAACUCAUCUGCAUCUUGCCUUGCUGCCUGCGUAGAUGAGAUCUUGUCCCUGAUUCACAAUAGUAAGUUGAGCAGGAGAAGAAUAAAAGUGAAAUCUUCUGUACUCAGUUCUUGGGGUUCCCUUUUGCAUAACAGUCCUGUCUCACUGCCGGCCAAUUUCUCCCUAGUCCACCGCUGAAACUAGAACCAGCGAGAAACAGGACUGCUUGGUGGAGGGGUGAGGAAGGCCAUGCAAUUAUUCCCUUACUGCUUUUGGAUGUUGGGUGUACUUGACUGUUGUGCUGAGUUCCUACGAGAUUUUGAUAGCUUCUGAGAAAAAGGGGACCCUUAGCAACUGAAGUGGAGGGAUGUUUCGUGGGUUAAAGACCCAUACAGUAUUGCCUUUUACUCUGCCAUAUUUGCGUAAAGAUAACCGUACCAACAUGUUAGGGUACCUCUUUUUCUUUGGUAGAGAAACUACUUUAUUUGUGCUGUUUCCUCAUCUAGGGCCUUAAUGCAGCUUAUACAUUUGAUGAGUGAAUUGGAUCUCCCUCUCCCAUUCCAAAGAAAUCCUUUGUUCCCCUUGCGCGCUCUUCCCCAAGCACCAACUUAUAGGCAGACGCUGUCCAAAAGGAUUCUGCAGCUGGAAUGUUACUCUGCUCUUCUUAAAAAAAAAAAAAAAAUUGGAAUUGUUUGUUGUAAUGCUCUAACUGCUAGAACUGUAUUUUAUUUGCUUGCCAUACAUUUACUCCUUUUAACAGGUUCUGCUUUUAAGGAAAAACAAAACAAUCCAAUCUGGAAAUACGCUUUGAAAAGGAAAACGCAAAAACCAACCAACCAACAAAAAAGGACAACAACAACAAGACUGAUGGAAUAUCCUGUAUUUUUAACUGAUCAUGUUUGAAUGUCUAAGGAAAGAAAAAAGAAUUUAUUGUUCUAAUUAUCCAGAUGUAUGUAUGUUUGUAAAAUAGCUCUUAUUAGCUGAUAAAGUUGUAUGUUUUUGGAACAAAAUAUUGAUCAUUAAAAAAAGCAUUGAGUUUU